CACGUCCUGGAGGUCGCGGUCUGACGCGACCCGCGACACCACGGUGUCCUGAAGACGCUUCCCAGCCGCGUGUUCCAUGGGUCGCCGACUCGCUCGCUCUCGCUCUCUCUCUCUCUCUCUCUUCCUCUCUCUUUUGGCGUUCCUAACCUCCUUCUCGCGCGUUCGUAUCCGGAGCGACUUAUGAUCGUCGUAGAUCACGAUCUCGUUACUUAAUUCAUCGCGGGUCAUCUCGCUUCCCGAAGGACGUGGACGAUCUCCCGUCACUCGGAGCACAAUUGAUCCGAAAUCGUGUCGACGAAAUGCCCACCUCCACCUAUGGCCUAUCAAUAAUGUGUCGCUCCGUCCUGAUUCUUGCGUGAAAUUCAAUAAUAAAGAAAGACACGAGAGAGAUCGGUGGGCUCGUUUAUUCCGUCCUCUGCUUUCUUCCUUCCUUCCUUUCCUGCGAGAAACGCCAUAUGGUCGUGUGUCGAAAACAAUUCCACGUUGAUAGCGUAUCUACACGCGUGAGUCCGUCGUGGCCGCGUGCAUCCCUCUGUGUUCGUGCUAAUACGUGCACGCGUGUAUCACAAAAUACUGUGAUAGUCUGAUCGGCACUGCUAAGAAAAAGGAUGUACCGUGCAAGUGAUUAUUCGCUUGCGGCAUGGAAAAUGGCUUCAGGGUGUACAAUUGUGACCCGCUGAAGGAGAAAGAGAGGCACGAUUUCAGCGAUGGGGGUCUCGGCUACGUGGAGAUGCUCUUCAGGUGUAAUUAUUUAGCACUGGUUGGCGGCGGAGCCAAACCGCUGUAUCCCACAAAUAAAGUUAUGAUAUGGGACGAUAUAAAGAAGACGCCGGUAAUCACCUUAGAAUUUAACGCGCCGGUAAAAGGCGUGAAAUUGCGGAGGGACAGGAUAGUGGUAGUGUUAGAAGGCGUUAUAAAGGUUUACACAUUUACACAGAAUCCACAGCAGUUGCACGUAUUUGAGACUAACCCUAAUCCACGUGGAUUGUGCGUUUUAUGCCCCAAUAGUAAUAACUCUCUACUUGCCUUCCCCGGUCGGAAGAACGGUCACGUUCAAGUUAUAGAUCUGGCCAACACCGAAAAGCAGCCCUUGAAUAUAGAAGCGCACGAGACGCCUUUAUCUUGCAUAGCUUUAAAUCUGCAGGGCACCAGACUGGCCACUGCCUCCGAGAAGGGUACUUUGAUAAGGGUAUUCGAUACGCAAAACGGCAACAUGAUCAACGAGUUGAGGAGAGGAGCGAAUCACGCGAACAUUUAUUGCAUAAACUUCAAUCACGACUCCACGUGGUUGUGCGUCGCCAGCGAUCACGGCACCGUGCAUGUGUUCGCCGUCGAAGAUCAAAAGCUGAAUCGCCAGUCUAGCUUAGCGUCCGCCACGUUCCUGCCAAAGUACUUCAGCUCGAGCUGGAGCUUCUGCAAGUUUCAAGUGCCGGGCGGGCCACAGUGCAUGUGCGCGUUCGGCCAAGAUAACAAUAGUAUCAUAGUGAUAUGCGCAGACGGUAGUUAUUACAAGUUCGUAUUCAACAACAAGGGUGAAUGCACGAGAGACUUUUACGCACAGUUCCUCGAACUGACCGACGAGAAAAUGUGACUAGAGGACACGACGGCGGUCCGGUAUUAAGAGCACCGCACGGAGACGACUCUCCCUCUCUCUCUCGUGUUACUUCGUUGUUGUCAGUUGUCACCGGCCGCCGAGUGAAGAGAUCGAGGUUACUGGGCGCAAUGACACACGUGCUGUUCAUGGAGAAUACGACUCGGUGAGAUAUUCGUUACAGAGGAUACAGAUCUAUGAGAAACGUCCGCUUUCGGACGAUAUAUGAUAGAGGACCAAACGAAGAGUUCUAUUGAUUGUUAGUGAUGCCGAUAUAUCGUUGAUGUGUUGUGCGCGGCUUUCCGGCGAGCACGGAGACGCGUGACCGACGACGAAACGUCGCGAUGAUUCGUCUCCUUGUAACGGAAAACGUCGACAAUGAGAGGUUUAACGCGCUGCGAGAAACGCGUCGUAGGACGCCCAGCGCACCAACGAACGCGUCGAAACGGAGAUCGCGUCCGCGAACGAAUCUGUUACACGAACCUACCGCCGACGCCUAUCGAUACAGAGGAGCGAGUUUUUUUUUUCAACGCAACAAACGAAGGGAAUGUCCGCGGGUGACAUCUCGUUACCGCCGGGGAACAUCGCGAGUUACUCGUUGGCGUGUGAUACUCAUCUUUUUUCUUACACUUUAGAUAAGGACGCUGCGCAAUUAAUUGAGAAAUCAAACGUUGGCCAUAAAUAUCAUCGCGACUCCGAGAUACAGCUGAUCAUAUUUCGUUCUCGCUUGCGUGAAAAGCCUUGCAAUGCAAAUCACGUGUCCAUAUCAGCGCUGUCAUGUUCGAUUAUUCGGGCAUCCCGAGUCUUUCAGUAACUGAGAGUACGGUUAAUUUCAGACGUUAUAAAGUUAUUGAUUUUUCUAACGAUACGGAUGAUAAUGCCGUCUGAAAUUAAGUUUUCUUCAGGAAUUUACUCAGCCUGACGUUUACUCAGUUACUGAAAGAUUCACGUGCCCGGAUAGUCGAAAUUGACCGUACUAGUCCCUAUUGCAGGGUUGGCAAAAUUCCGGAUUUUUUGGAUAAAUGGUGAAAAUCGAUAUUUUCCAGAAAAACUGAUCACGAAUAAACGAUAAAAUAAAUAGAAAACGUUUUUAUCGAUAUUCUAAUUCACAGGCAGUCCUAAAAAGACCUAGCUAUGAUUCCACGCGCAAGAAUCUGCACGUAAAAAAACAAGUAAAACAUGCACGAUCAUAUAUUCACACUUCUAUGAAUCUUUUCACACAGAUGUGUUAAUUAUUACGCUUUUAUUGUUUGCUGGUGAGAUCAUUUAACAUGAGUAAUUUGAAAAAUGUAUCAGGAGGAAGACACAAAAACGCUAUAUGGGCGUUUGCUUUGUAUUCUGUUCUAUUGUUAACGUUAAUAGGCAGAAAUGUAUUGCUUGUGGAAUAUUAAUAUGUGUAAAAUUCCACGACCGAAACAGCAUCCUCAAAGGUGUAAUAACGUUAAAGUAAACGUAUACGCAAACCAGAUUUAUGCUGGCAAGAAUUUUUAAUAUUAUACUAUUGUUUUUUCUCCAUUAAUCCAAAAACUGAUAUAAAAUCGAGUGACAUUUAUAUCUUCCAAGUUUUUGUCUUAAGAACUUCACAUAUUUUACACGUCAAUUUUAAUUAAAACAGACUUUUUUAUCAUACUGGUUUCGAUUUUCCUUAAAUCAUAACGAUCGAUAGGAUUUACUAAUUAAAGCGGAAAUAUCUCUUUGCAUAAAGUUACAUAAAUAUAUUUUAGUAUUAUAUAUUAGUCUUUUUUAUAGUUUUAUAGUUGUAGUUUUUGCCAGUUUAUUCCACUAGAUAGAGUCCGAGACAGUUAGAACUGGAAUUUAUCAUGGGUUUUCCGCUUAUUGGAAUUUUCCGGCCAACCCUGUCUUACUGGAUCACGUGUUUUCCUAGAUACAAAAGAAACGUAUUUCUUUCGUUUGACGCGCAUCAUCGAAAAAUCCGAGAAUUUCUCGACGACUUUAUGUAAAUCAUCAUUGCAAGUACAUUGCGUUUCGUGACUAUUCAACGAACAUGCGCGCUCGUUCGUCCCCGUUUGUUUCAUAAGCCGAGAAUACACCAUGUAUAAACAUAUACAUAUAUACAUGUAUACUUAUUG